UACUGAGAUGCUAAAAUCCAACUCAAACUCAACUCAAUCAAACUCAAAUCAAACGUGAGUUGUGCGCCGGUACUUUUGCGAAUUGCGAUCGAAAGUGAAAAGUUUCUUAGAUUUUCAAAACUAUGGCUGACAAGAAAAAGGAAGGUGAACCAGAGGGAGAGGAGGAGUUCUCUGUCGAAAAAGUGCUAGACCGACGUGUGCGAAAUGGAAAGGUUGAAUACUAUUUAAAAUGGAAAGGUUACAGUGAUGAGGACAAUACCUGGGAACCAGAAGAGAAUCUGGAUUGCCCAGACCUCAUAUCAGCUUUUGAGGAAGCAAGAAAGAAGAAGGAAGCUGAGGGUAAAACUGUCAAAGUAGAUAAAGAUGCAAAGAAGCGCAAAUCUGCUGUGCCAACUCCAGACUUAAAAGGUGCAAAGAAGGCUAAAAGUGAUGACAAAAAGGCGUCAGGUUUUGAUCGAGGACUAGAGCCUGAAAAGAUUAUAGGUGCUACUGACAGCAGUGGAGAGCUGAUGUUCCUUAUGAAGUGGCAGGGUACAGAUGAAGCAGACCUGGUACCAGCAAAGCAGGCUAAUGUAAGGUGCCCUCAAGUGGUGAUUCAAUUCUACGAGGAGAGGCUCACGUGGCAUACGCCGGCGCCCGAUGAAGCUGGUGCUGACGACUAGAAGGAAUAACUACAUGAUUUAUACUUUGGUUGACUGCUUUAUGGAAAAGAUUUUAUCUUUGAAAAUAUGAAAUUAUUCUCAACACUAAAGAAUGAAAACAUUUUUGUUGUAUCCACUUUACAAUCGUUUCAAUCAGCCCAUACUAGUACUCAUUGCUAAUUUUUCGUUUUAAUAUUGUAACUUAGUGACAUAGGAUUAAAUGUUAUUGUUGUAGAUACAUACUCUCUAAUUAUAAUUAAGUAACAGGGAGUCUUCAUAAUGUUUUGUACUUUUCAGAAAAAAAAAAACGAUUAUGUAUUGAUAUAAGAUUCCAUUGUGAGGUCAUCAUAUUUUAAAUGAAAAUAUUGUCUUCAUUUACUUAAUCAUAAAAUAUUAUAAUAUUAAUCAUAAAACGACUUAAAUAGUAUCUGCUACAAAAAUUACGUUCAUGACUAUAUAAACUGCUAAAUAGACUAUCACUGCUGAUUAUUUCUUAGUUGCGGUAGAGUUCACUAUGACUUACACAAUCAAGUCUUUGCCUUGAUAUUUGUCUGUGGUCUAUAAAUAAUUAAGUCAUAAUGUUAAUUUAUGACAAGAACAUAUUAAAAUCAUCAGUGUACAAUUAUAGCUACAUUAGUUAUAUUUGUUUUUUUUUUACUAUUUCUUAAUACUAAUAUGUACUAAGAGUAUAAAAGUGUGUCGCGAAAUGUCCGGUAAAUACCACAAAGCUAACGAAUAUAGUUGCUUUCAAUUCGGGACAUAUUUUGACUCUUACUUCCGCUAGCAUACGAAUUAUUUUAAGCUUGACUUAAACGAAUGUGAUUCAAUGAGAACUACUUAUCGUUUUUUUACUGACUAGAUGACGCACAUUCAGUGCGAGGUUCUGUUUGUCCAAUCACUAAAAAUGGAGAUCUUCACUGUUAUCAUUUAUAUUCCAAUAGGUAUCGCAUCGUCGACAUGACAUACCUUCAAUACCUUCAGGGUACAUUCCAGGGAGCUUAUUCUUGAAACCAAUCUAAAUUUCAGUGCAAUUUCAAAUCAAUAAAAUCUCAAUAAUUGCUCAAUAUGAACACUACA